AUGCCACGAAUAGCUCCAGUAGAACUCAACCAAUUCCUAGAUGAUCUCGAACUGAACAUCAACAACGACGACAACACCGACUUCAAGAAGCUUGUGCUCUUCUUGUUCAGCUUCACCAGUGAAAAACUACAAGAACUUGCCCAGGAGCCCAAUGAUCCCACCUCCAUUCAGCUACUCCAGCGUCUAGUCUCUGCACUCGAGCUCGUGCUAGGCAAACGGCUCCACCUUUUGAACCUCCGGUUGACUCCCAAAGAUACUACCUCCAUCUCGCAAGAACUACCCAGCGCCAGCGAUUUGCCCCUCUACGAAUGGGCCAUCCAGUUCACUUUACAUCAUCUCCCCAGCCAUUACGAGCCUGAAACGCUCAAUUGCUUGAAGUCCUUCAUAAUAAACAUCAUCAACCUUGUCACCACCAAGCUACACAACCUCAAGUAUUGCAUGCUCAUCCGAGACCAGCUCUUGGCCCUUUUGCAAACCGAUUUAGAUUCCUUACUAAAGACUUUAGUCAACUCCACGGGGGUUUCCUUGCCUAAAUUAGUUGGUACGAUUCAUUUAUUCACCAUUCUCAACGACUAUGACUUAUCAAAUAAAUUGGGCUUGAAUCUUGCCCAUUACCAAUUGAAGUUCGAAAGCUUUGCCAGAAAGAUAUGGUUUCUUUUGAAUGAGAUUUUACCAGUGGCCGAUUCUGACUUCGUGUCGAAGUUGCAGGACUUAAAGUCUCUAUUGAUACUCAACCAGGCAGACAAUUUGGUAUUGAACGAUAUGGUUACCUGGAAUCAGAUUUCAUUUUUAAUCUCAUGGAUUGUGGAAAUUUUGAAUGCCCCGACAACGGGCAAUACGGAAACUACACUUUCAAGGACAAUUAGUACCAGCUUGCUAAAAAUCUUCAAUCAUUGUUUGGAAAAGGGCAUAAUUGACAGUUUGAUUCAUUUUCCCAACUUCUCGGGCGUAUUGUAUAACUUGUGUGAUCAGCAUCGCCCAAACACACACCCAUUUCCCCCUACUAUUCUCAAAACAUUGCAUAUUAUAAACUACUGUUACAGGCUAGCAGUGAAUGAUAAGAUAUUAAUUAACUCUUAUCAAACAUCAACUUUGAAUCAAUUUUUAAUCGUACCAUUUGGUGAAAUCGAGCUCGAUGGCUUAAGAGCUAGAACUUUAGAUCAUUUCGGAGAAAGUAAGACUCAUCAAAUUUCGGAAUUGUUAUUCUACAUGUCAGACAACGGAACAGAUGUAUCGAAUCUUAAUAGCUGGAUUCAAAAAGUUCAGGAAAUGCUAAAAAAUGAUUCGACUUGCUCGAAAUUGAGUAGUCUUCACAUGAUACUAUCUGCAAUGAGUCACUUCCCGUGCUUGGUUAGUAAUGACUAUAAUUUUCAAGCACAAGAGUGUACCAAAUGUGGUACACGAUCGAUGAACAAAAAUCCAUAUGAGGUCAUAAACACACAUAGAAAAACUGUUUUCGAAAAGAACGAGAUUAGUGUGUUUUACAAUGUUAUUUGUCAGCUCUUAGCAUCUGAAAAGCGGUCAAUAAUAGAGAAGAAUCCUGUAUUAGGUUGUGAUUUAUUGCUUUCAAUAUUCAGUCUUUUUAGCAGCUAUGCUCCACCAAUUAAAGGAAAAGAUUUAUCUUCUGAUAUUAUCUUCAGGUUUUUAAUCCAAAUGCUACUACAAAAUAACAACAGGGAAGUAAGGUUAAUCGUCACUCGCAUCUUACCUUUAUACUUGGUUCAGCCAGAAAGCGAACAAACUGAGACUAGUUUCAAAAUUAUUUUCAAACAAAUUUCGUCAAUUGAAUUCAGCACUGAUGAAAGGAGGCAUUUUGGGGAGUCAACCAUCAAGGCCUUUGUCGAACUAGCUAUCAUUUCAGGAGGCGAGAGACUUUGCAUUUUAUUUAUCAAAUUGAUUGAUUUACUAGGUGAGAAUAAUGAUCAACAUGUUAACUAUGUGUACAACGGGUUCCUACAGAUCGCAUCAGCUAAGUCUUUGGCACCUUAUAAAUUACUAUCUCCAUAUCUUCCCAGCAUAGCUGAAGUCAUCAUAAAGAAAACGAGAAUCUUGAAUAGAAUCACAGAGUUGUUGGGCAUUACCAAAAAGUUCUUCUUGAACCGAACUAAAGAAUAUACCACACCCCGCCUAUUGGAAUACUAUAAGGCUGAUUUUAUCCAGGAAAUUGCUGAGGCUGCAGGAAUUUCCAAAUCUGAUCUAAUUAAGAAAAACUUGCCUCGAAUCAUUGCCACAUAUCUUGUCAAAGAUGCUACUAUAAAUGAAAAGUAUAUUAUUAAUGUUUUGAGUAAUAUCAAUCCUAAGUAUAAACAGGUUACUUUAGGGGAUCUCAUUUCACGAGUUGGAGAAAUAACUUGGUUUAUUUUACUUCAAAUUCAAAUAGAUUCGGAUUCGAAGCAGUUCUUAAAUGAGGAGAGAAUAUUGAACGCACUCAAGUAUGUUGCAAAAAUCGCGAUCAAGCAGAAAAGGCUCCAAGUGAAGGAUUCCAAUUUUGACUAUAUUCAACAUCACUUGGGAGAGAAUGUCUUAGAGUUAGUUCAGAAGUUUAGUGAAAAUGUUCAUCAUAUCACCGGUACAAAACCAUUCUUGGAAAAGAUUAGUUCUUUAAGAGCAAUCGAAUUUCUUAUCAACAAGAAUAUUAAAGCUGUCACUACUGCAUUGGGUCAAAUUUCCACUUGUUUACAAGCUUCAUUGGAGAAUCCGGACUUUCAGUAUCUUGCCUUAGAGUGUUGGUUUGGCUUGGUUCAGAACUUGCCUCCAAAUCAUCUUAUCUCUUUGAUUGAUAUAGUAAUAUCUUUGAUUUUCCAGAAAUUCAAUUCCUUUGAAUAUAAAUCGAAGCUCAUUGCUGUCGAAAUCCUCAAGAAGAUAUACGAAGGAAUCAAAAACAAGUAUACCAGAUAUUCGCUAUACUACUUGUCAAUACCGUUUUUGGAUUCCAUUCAAAAGUAUAUGCCAAUAUCGGACUUCAAGAUAACUAAGCAUAUGUCUAGGUUGAGCAUAUUUCAAGAAUUUACCAGACGACUUAAAACCAGUAAUGAGUACGUGGUUCAACAAGCAUUGCAAGAUUUACUGAAUUAUUGUCAAGAAUAUCAAGCUAACUGUCAGGCGGAGUAUUUCCGAGACCCUCUUUUAGAGCCUAGCAUUAGUGAAUUAGUUCGGACAGUCCUUGAUACUGCCUCAAAAUUCAAGAAUAGAAAUGAACUUAUCUCCACAAACUGUGCCAAAGUAUUGUCAACUAUGGGUUCUUUGGACUUUAAUAAGUUUAACUUCAAGUCAGUAAAGAGCCAAAUCAUUGUCAUUCAGGAUUUUAAGGACUACAGGGAAAAUAGUGAGUUCUUGAUUGACUUCAUUGAGAACAUGGUUUUAAAGAUAUUCUGGUCCUCGAAUAAUCCAAUAAAGCAGUUGUUCUCCGCAUAUGCAAUCCAGAAAUUUCUUGAGAUAUUGAACUUAAAUGAUGUGAUGAAUCCUAAUAAAACGAGUCAGGAUCAUCUAAUUGCAGUAUGGAAUAGGUUUAAUGAAGUUUCUAAAUCUACCCUUAUCCCACUCCUUAAUUCAAAGUAUGUGGCACCGAUUUCCAGAUUUGAGCCACUAGGAUUUCCAUACUUCAAAAUUCACAUGAAGUUUGAAGUGUGGUUGGUAGAUUUUACAUCUAAUUUACUUCGAAGACCAUUGAAGAGUGUGUUCGACAAGACAGUCCCGCCUACAAAAGAAACCAUCUUCGAAACUUGCUCAAAGCUAAUCAAAGAUCAAGACAUUUCAUUAUGUCACUAUUUAUUGAAGUAUGUUGCAUUAAGUCAUAUCAUGAAUGGAAAUGAUGAAGUAAUUCUGGACGUUAAAAAAGAGUUCAUGGAAAUAUUGAAUGCAGAUAUUAGGAGUGCUUCUGGUGAUAGGAUGGAACUGUUAAAAAACUGCUAUCAUACCAUUUUUGAGGUAUUGGAUUAUUUCCAUGCUUGGGUUUCGUCAGCAACGCAGUAUCUAAACAAUUCAGCCUUAGACUCGCAAGAAUUGAGUCGCUUCAAGAAGCAUAUAAAGUAUGUUAACAUUUUCCUUGAUUACAUACCAAUGGACUUAAUUGCUAUGAAAUCAUCACAGUGUGAUUCCUAUGAAAGAACUAUCCUAUACUUGGAAAAGUGUUACAGAAGUGGAAGGGUUGAAGAUUCCAUCAUUUCAUCAACACUUCAGUCAAUGUAUGCUAAUAUCAAUGACUUCGAUGCUUUGAACGGAGUAUUGAAAAAGUUUUCGACCAAUAACUUGACCGAAAAACUCAGAACCUUCCAAUAUCAUGAUAAUUGGUCUCUUGCCCAAGAAUCAUUCCAAGUAAUUUGCAACUCGGAAGAUCAAAAAUUCGACAAUAUUGAAAACAAUACCAAGCUUCUCAAGUCUCUUAGUGAUCAUGGCCUUUAUGAAGAAGUCUUGUCUAACUUGGCUGCAAAAUCUGAUUUGAUUAACCUAACUUCGAUUCCACUUGAUUGGUCGAUGGUGGGGCUCCAAGCAUCUGUCCAAGCGGGUGACAUUAAUCAGAUUAAUAAGUGGAUUCUUAUUGCUAGUUCAAUUGGUAAACCAAAAGAUGUGGAAACUCAGAUUGGAUUCGAAUUUGCAAAAGGUAUCAAGUUUCUUUUUGAAGGAAAAAAUGAUGGAUUUGAAAGAUGUAUGGAAAGUAUGUAUCGAACCAUUGGAUCUUCACUAGUUUCUUCGAUAUCUUCUAGUUUUUCCAGAAACACAUAUUUGAUGAACCAGUUACAUGCGAUUUAUGACUUCUCGUUAAUGGUUGCACCUCAAGACGAACUUCGCAAAAAAGACAACGAGAGAAUACUUAAAGCAAGGCUAGAAAAUAUGGAUCAAGGAUUUGACCUGCAAUGGAAGAUACUCACUUUGCAUCAAGUGGCCAACAAAAUAUUGAAGAAUAAAAGUAAAAUCUCAGAAUUGUUGCUCUACUGUUCUUCUCUUGCUAGAAGAAACCAAAGAUUGGAUGUUGCAACAAGAUCUACCAUUAAGGCAAUGGUCCUUGAUGAUCAGAAUGCUAAUAUUGAAUACGCAAAUCUUUUGUGGGCACAAGGAAAGCAAACAGAGGCCAUUAAGUCUUUGAGUGAGAUUAUUGUGGAAUACAAAUUCAAGAAUGAUGAGGCAAAGGCUCAAGCCCAAUUACAGUAUGCAAAGUGGCUUGAUGAGUCGAAUCAUUCGUCAUCUCUGGCCAUCAUCAAUGAGUAUUCCAAAACAAUUGAACUUGAUAAUCGCUGGGAAAAGCCAUAUUAUGACUUGGGAGUUUACUACAGCAAGAUAAUGGAGUCUACAAAGGACCAAUCUGGAUAUUAUGAGCAACAAACUGUUCGAAACUUCUCAAAGGCAUUAGCGGUUGGUAACCUGUACAUUUUUGAAGCAUUGCCUAAAUCUAUUACUAUCUGGCUCGACUUUGCUCAAAGAAGAUCUAAAACGAGAGAGGCAGAAAGAAAAUUAAAUCAAAUAGUGGAAGAUAUUGAUAAGUGCCUAACUACUAUUCCUGCUUACGUUUGGUAUACUGCCAUUACUCAAUUAUUAUCCAGAAUUGUUCAUGAGCACAAACCAUCAUACGAGAAGCUAGCCGCUAUUAUCAGCAACAUCAUCAAGACUUAUCCUAACCAUAGUCUCUGGUAUGUGCUUUCGCAUUCACUGUCAAACGAUUCAGUGAGAAGAGAAAGAGUGAAUACAAUUUUGAAGAAAGUCAAGAAUGAUGAUUCAAGUUAUGGAGUCACCAUAGAGAAUGCCAAAGAGCUAUUUAAUAGUUUGAUCAAGAUUGCAAAUUUCAAAAUUCCAAAAUCCCCAAGAGCGAAAAGGCUUUCAUUAGAAAAAGACUUUAAGGUUACGAAUCUAUCCAACCCUUACACAUCUCUUGUCAUUCCUGUUCGCUCCAAUUUAGAGAUCAGGUUACCCUCUAUUCAAACUUCUAAAUUCAAUGCUUUUCCCAGGUCUGCUUCUAUCACUUUCGAUGGUUUUGAUGACAUUGUUAAUAUUUUCUAUUCGUUACAGAUGCCACGUCAAGUGACCAUAAGAGGAUCUGAUAACCAACCGUACAGGCUUAUGGUUAAACGAGAUGAUACAAGAAAGGAUGCAAAGGUGGUGGAAUUUACUACCAUGAUUAACAGACUACUUUUGAGCAGUACUGAAGCUAGAAAAAGAAAGCUAGUAAUUUCAAACUACUCUGUGGUAGCACUCGCUGAAAACAUGGGAGUAAUUGAGUUUGUAGCUGAUGUGCAAACAAUGAAAAGCAUUAUUAGCGAGCAAAGGAGAAAGAUGGGACUAGUUGUGAAUGAAAGAAAAAUAUUCAUGAAGUUGGAUGAAGCUCAAAAGAUGGUGAAAAGUUCAAAAUCCUCAGACCUACAAACACUUAAUAACUUGACCGAACUAUUCAAAUCAGUCUGCGAAGAAAAUUCACCUGUACUACACAAUUGGUAUAUAGACCAAUUUUCAGAUCCUUCGGCAUGGUAUUUAGCAAGGAAUAGUUUUAUUCGCUCUAGUUCAGUCAUGUCUAUUGUCGGAUACAUCAUUGGCCUUGGUGAUAGACAUUGUGAAAAUAUCCUAUUCUUCAGAAAAAAUGGUUCUGUAUUGCAUAUUGAUUUUGAUUGUUUAUUUGACAAAGGUUCUACUUUGCCAACCCCAGAAAUUGUUCCUUUCAGACUAACACAAAACAUGGUAGAUGCUAUGGGUGUUUGUGGAAUUGAAGGGGGGUUUAGGAUAACUUGUGAGGUAACUGGAUCCAUUCUUAGAGAAAAUGAAGCUCCUUUGAUGAAUAUUCUCGAGACAUUGCUUUACGAUCCAUUGCUUGAUUGGAAGAGUUUGCAAAAGCCCGAGACGCAUUUAUCCAAAGUGAGAAGAAAGCUUCGAGGUUUAGUGAAUGAAAAGGAAGGAUUGCCUAUGAAUAUACAUGGACAAGUGGAUAUAUUGAUCCAGGAAGCUACUUCUGUGGAACGUUUGUCUCAAAUGUAUGGGGGAUGGGCUCCUUACAUAUAG